ACUAUGUGCAAUGAUGAAAUCUUUUUCGGAUCGAGCGCUAGCAGGGUCCAUUAUCGCUGAGGAGCGCGCACCUCGUGUUACAUUACGAAUUUAUCGUUUAGCUGGGCGAGCUUUUGAAACCUUCUACAUGCCUUCUGUUUUGAACCCUGCUAAGGGGAUGCCGAAUGAUUCCCCUGACGGGCUUGACAAAUUCUCUGGAGUGGUCGAAAAGAAGAUAAGAAACCUUGAGAAACGAAGAACCAAGAUCCUAGUUCUCGUGGAUCAGAAGAAAGGCGGAAAGAUUCUUGACUCUGACCAAGUUGCGUCUGUACACAGUUUACCUUUUGUUGAGGCUAAUCUGGAGCAGCUGAAAGAGUUCCUACCCCAGUUCAAAUCUAUCUCUAAUGACCACGAGAAAGCAAGGAAGAAGGCUGUUCGUAGAGAAGAGGCUAAGAGAUUGGACUCAGAACACAAGCGAGCCAAAGGAGUGCUGUCCACCCUGCACUAUUUGUCCCUCCUAACCUUGGAUCUCAAAGAAAGCUUGCUUACUGGACUCAACGGUCUUACUUUGACUGAAGAUGAAAUCAAGACUCUUGACACAUUCUACACAAUCACCGACACAACAGCCGCUAAGUUCUGUGAACUGGAGGAACGACUUGAUUCCGCUACGCAUCACAUCACCGCGUUCCUGGACAAGAAGGACAAGGAUUCGUGGGAGGGAACAAAGUAUAGUGAUAUCAGUGAUCUGUUCGACAAACUUCACCAACACCACGUGUUUGAUCCUGAUUACGUCUUCCAGCCUCCCGUCGAGGAGGAACCCGAACCGGAACCGGAACCUGAAGUUGUGGAGGAGGUAACGGAGGAAGUGAGCGAGGAAUGUGAGGAUAUUGACAAACCUGAGGAAGCUGCUGAACCUGAGGUACCAGUGGAAGAAGAAGCUCUUCUAAACGGGGAAACAGUACACGAACCCACCACAGAUGAUGGGCUGGUGAACUUCAUGCACGAUUCUCAGCUGGACAGAUCAGAGAGUCAGCUCUCGCCUCACGCUCCUGAGUUCCAACCCAGUUCCAGUCCUGAUAUAGUUGAACACCCUGAGAAAGCCAUCUUCGGAGAGUUUUCCCAAGACGAACCAGAGGCAGCAGCAGCUGAGGAAGUAGUAGUAGUAGCACCACUAUCCCUGGACACUCCUCCAGAGGUUAUAGAGUCUGACCCAGCUGUCAUGGCCUGGUCAGCCGGACCCCCCGUUGUUCCCGCUGUUCCUGUUGAAGAUCCUGCUGAUCAGGACAACGAGCCAGUCAACCCGUGGUCGAAGAAGAGCACUAUCGACUGGGGAAACUCGUCUCUACCUGUUGAAGACUUCUCCUCCACCCCAGUGUGGUCCACAGGAAUAGAAACAAACAACCACGUGAUCUCUAGCGAGGUUACAAGUCGCGUGACUAAUGACGUGACCAACACUGAGCAGAGUAACGGGUGGGCCGAGGCUCCUCAGGUUGAGAUGAAGGAUCAGACUACUCAAAAAGUAGACGAUGACGGAUUCACAGAGGUGAGCGACAAGCGACGAGGAAGCAACAGAAACCGGUAUAAUCAGCGCGGAACCACCCCCGGGAGUUAUAGGAAUAAUAACAGGGACAGAGGCUCUGACAGGGGCUCCAGCAACAACAGGUACAACUCAACCAGAGGUAGUUACAGCAGAGAACCCAGAGAAAGCCGAGGAGGAUCACGCGGAGGAGACAGGACAAGAGGAGACAACAGAGACAACCGGGGAGGAGACAGAGGUGACAGGGGAGACAGCAGAGGAGAGAGACGGGGUGGAAACAGGACGGGGUAUGGAGACAGGGGUGGAUAUAGCACUGGUGGUGGUAGAGGUGGAGCAGGAAACCGUGGAACUGGCAACUACAGAGGUAGCAGCAACUACCGUGGGUCCUCGAGAGGCGGUUCCAGUAGAGGAGGAAGUGGGGGUACAGGCGGUGCCCCACGACCCCAAUCUGCUGCGCAGCCCCGCCCUGCACCCGUCGUUUCUUGAGUUUGCGCUGUAGUGAGGUUUCAAUGCUCUGCCCUUGUUUCGAGCCCCGGCCGAACGAGGCCACCAACCCACGUGGCGAGACGUCACAACACCCCCAUGACGUCGCAGAUCCUACCUACCGUCACGUGAUAUCUUUUCACCAAGAGACUCUUGUUUUGUAUUUUUGUACGGAUUCCUUUAAUUCGCAUCAGAACGUUGUAGUCCAGAUGUCCCAGACUUUGCAGACGCACCCUUUACCCGGGGGUCGCGCAGUCACCUUCCUUCCCAUUUUUACUGCUUCAACGAAGUUUUUACUAUUUAAAAAGGACGCAUCUGUUAGUGCCUUAACUUAUUUUCCCAAUUCAAA